AUGCGCUAUUUAGCCCGUAUGGCGGCACACAUGCCCGUGGUCGUGGCUGCUUUCCUCGGGGCUGUUCUGGCAGCAUUCGCUUGGACCCAGACCUUCACGCCAUCUCCAUGGCUGUCAAGCAAGGUCCAGCCAAACGCCCAACCUAGAUAUAGAUGCAGUGCACUUCGGCGCCCAUCGAGGGCACCAACCAUGCCCACAGUGCACCCGGUGCAUGCGGCGCCGCUUGCACUGGGGCUCGGCUCGCUGGGGAGCCUCGUGUACGUGGCACGGGCGCGAAGAAAGAGCGCCUGCUUUGGCCGUUCGGCCGUCGCUCGCCACGCCACGGUGGCGCAGUGGAACAAGCGGGUGAAGCGCAUUGAAGGCGGCAGGGCCAUCUUCGACGUCACCAUCCCAAAGCCUUUGGGCGUCACGCCCAAGGACUUCCCCAACCGCCCAGGCGUUGGCAUCGCCGGCAUCAAGAAAGGUGGCAACACAGACCUUUGGAACACGGAGGUGUUGCUGAACGAUGCCGAGGGCAUGUUUGUGCUGGAGGGAGAUGAAGUGGUAGCUGUCAACGGCACCUUGUGCGAAGGCAAAGAUUUGAAGACCGUCAGCAAGCUAGUCAAGGAGUCCGAAGGUGACACUGUGACCCUGAAGUUGGUUCGCAACUACCUGAAAGGACCUGUCAAGAUCGUGUGGAAGCCAUCUUUGAAGAUGGCCACGUACAAGCGCAAUGCGCUUCUACGGGCCUGUGAGGAGACCUUGGGAGCAAACGUGCGAUACUCCUGCGAGGACGGCUGGUGCAGCUCGUGCUGGCAUGCCGAAGAGACCUACAUGACGGUAUUCCGAAUUUGCAAGAUGGACGUACCGGAGAAAUGGGACAAUGUUGUGCCCUUUGUACUCAUGAGUGCGCUGGAGGUGAAAAACACGAAAGGCGUGUUGGUCAAGAACCUCAUGCAAGCAGACGGUGUGAAGCCACCGCGGCAAGAUGGCAAGCUUGGGUAA